GUUGUAUAAAAGAAUCAUGUCUGGAACCGAUUAUAUUCUACAGACAACUUUUUGAAUGUGUUUCAUUGAUAUACAUAUUGCUUGUAUCUCCUAAGUGCACGCCAUGAACGCAGUUCCAGUAUCUAUGUCUUAUCAUAUUUCAAACGUCACAGGUAAAUGACACCCAAACACAACCCGAACACGUUAUCUAAAGAAGAUUCAUACAAUCAUUAUUUUCGGCUGGUCAGGUUAAACUGCUCGAUUGUCAUAACCAUCAACCCGAUGGAAGCACUCGAAAUAAAAGCCAAAUAUACCAAAAGAAGACUAAGACGUUGAUUGGUUAAAACAGAACACUAUUGCCUGUCAGCAGAACACUUUCCACGUGGUACUUCAGAUGGGCCGCCUGGGCUCCUCAAUUCAUUGGGCCGUUAAGUCAAGUCAAACGUGCAAAUGGUUUCAUCCUUAAUUCAUUUCAAUGAUGAAGCACUUCUUGGAGCAAACAAUCCGUGUGUACAUUAUACAUAAGUGGAAGGAGGAGGCAGAAUAAAGAAUGUUGUGAUAUAUCCUUGCUCUUCAUCUGCCUCCACCGCUAGCGCAGAUAUGAACGAGGUGGCUACGACUGUGCAUACUGCCUGCGAUGCAUGCUAGGCUUCACAUGGAGUAUUAAACAGAACUCGACACACGAGUUCCCUAACGCUAGUUCAUUCAAUCGUUCGAUAUUUCCACGAUUAAGCCACACCAGUGAAAUAGCAAUACAUCUGGCAUUGCGGAGGGGACACAGGGCUUCGUUCUAAAGCUACCGCGUGUCUGCCUCGGAGCGAGCAGCAAGCACCUGUAAAGUUGGUAGUAUACGCCAAACUCCUCGUCGUUCGGCUGACAGGGCAGCAUGGAGUGAGGAAGACAAUUGCAUGAAACUGGGAGAAAGUAGAACACACGUGAGAAGAGCACACGGCGAGCAAUGGAAGCGCUAAAACACUGGAUAUACUCAACGAUGCUUACGUCGAGUGUGGAUUUACGAUAGUUUCAGUGUUUUGAAAACGCAUUCUAAACUAAAGUUCAAUAUGUUUGAGGAUUUGUACACCAUUGUCCCCUUGUUUAUUCUCGGAUUGACUACAGCCUUCCAAGACACCUACUUCGACGAAGACCCCAGUGAUCCACUGCCUCGUUUUCUACCUAACCCUAGUAACUACACGUAUCGAGUUGGACAAACAGCAGUGUUAAAGUGUGCAGUGGAGAAUCUAGGGGAAAAGAAGGUGAGCUGGCGAAGAGCCGCCGAGUCCAGUCCUCUGACAGUGGGAACUCUUACGUUUAUAGACGAUAACAGAUUUAGUAUACGCCACCCUAAAGGCUCGACAAAAUGGCAUCUGGUCAUUGAGAAGGUGCAGCUGGAAGAUGGGGGUAUUUACGAAUGUCAGGUUCCAUCAAAGGUUCGACAUUUAAGAUCACAUAUCUUACUGAUUGUUAGAGAGCGUCGGACGAUAAAAACAGCGUUAGAUAUACAAAUUACAGGUAAACCGUUUGUAGAGAAAGGGGAUACGAUCCUUCUCAUGUGCAAUGCCACAGGCAAGGACCACCCACCCGAUGAUCUGGACUGGUUCAAAAACGGGAAUAAACUUUUAACCCAAUAUGCAAAUAAGGUGUAUAUAAGGAAGUUUGUUUCCUUGACAACCAAGACAAUCGUCAGCAUUCUUGAGAUAAAGGAUGCAACUCUGGAGGAUGCUGGGAUGUACGUUUGCCGGACGUCUGAUCUCCAGAUUACAAGUGCGAGAGUCAACGUAUUAAAAACCGAUACUUCCAACUGGAAAAGAGGUACAGCUCCGAAAAAUUCUACAAGUGGAGCAACUAGCUCCAACAACGGGACUUAUUCUUCCCACAAUUUUACAUUUUUAAUUCUCAUGCUUGUUUUGACAGUUUUAAAAAUAUGUGUCUGGUGUCCAAGGUGACGAACUCCUUCACGACGACACUACUCCGUCUUUCCUCACGUCAUUCUAACCUUUGUGUUUGUGAUAUUUUGAAUGGAUUAAGCGGGAUAACUCCAACAAGACUGUGCCCAAAGUGAGAGCACAUGGGAGUAAGAGUUCUCAUCGAUAUCGAAGACAUGGACCUGGAUAUAUUUUCACAUCAUUGUACCUAGUAUUUAUUCAUCCCUAUCACAUAUAUAUAUACAUCAGCAUUCGAUACCUCAUUUUCAGUCAUUCGUCGCUUAGCGACGUUAGGAACAUUAAUGGGACCAGAAGAAGCGUUGUUGUCAGUAUAUACCUUCAGUUUGGGGCUGUAGGGCUUGUUGAACCAUUCAUCCAGCUAACUCUCCCCUCCAUCAGUAUCACGGAGAGAGCUCUGAUGGAGGGACAUUGUACUCUCUUACGUCAUCACGUCAUAAUUUAAUCGUGUCAACAUCGACGAAUGACUCAUUCUCGGUACAUCAUCCCCGAGAUAUACCAUGCACCUGUGCACGGGAAGCGAAACCUCCCCCACAUGCCCAGGAGACGUACCACGCCCUGGUACGACAUCCUUCUGUAGUCGGCCAGGGACACCACGUCCUGAUACAACAUCCUUCUGUACCCGAGAGGCGAGCGACCCCGUUAUACACCAUCCCUCUGUUCUCGGGAAGAGACACCACGUCCUGAUACAACAUCCUUCUGUACCCGAGAGGCGAGCCACCCCGUUAUACACCAUCCCUCUGUUCUCGGGGAGAGGCACCACGUCCUGAUACAACAUCCUUCUGUACCCGAGAGGCGAGCCACCCCGUUAUACAACAUCCCUCUG